AUGGAAGAACAUGGUGAUGCAUUGUUUAAGAGAGGUGAGUUCAAAGUUGCGACGAGAGAACGCAGACAGCCUGACUCGGUGUUUGCGGAUUUGGUUGAAUCAAUAUCAGUUGAGGCACCCUAUGAUGGCUUCUUCAAAGGUGAACCCACCAAAGAUGAUAUCAUCGAUAGUUAUGUCAGAAUACUGGCCGAGCUUGUCGGAAAUGUUGAUGAAGCCAGGAUGAUGGUAUAUUUCUGUGGUAUAAUAACUAAGGAUGAAUAUGCAUUUGGCACACUUCUGUCCCAAACGCUUUCCGACAGAGUUCAAGCACUUACCGGGGUUGUUAUGAUAUUCGAUGACUUUCCCUUUGUGAGAAGUGAGAAUAUAGAUUAUGAGAUGCCAAUUCCUCCAGAUGAGUUAGAGAAGUUGUAUAGGGAUGAUUUUCCGCAACAAGAGGGAGCCAAACAUGGGAUACCUGGGACAGAUGCUGCGUGA